UGUGAAUCUACAAAACACUCAAAACCAAAUCCAACAGCUGCCAAAAGGUUGUUCAAGAAGACGCGCACGUCACACCGCGCUCACAUUAGAAAAACUUAAAAUCAAACGUAAAGAAAAGUCAAUUGGCGCACGUUAGAUAGUACCGCUUUACUUCUUCACCAAAUUAGAAAUCGCCGACGAUCGGAAGGAGGAAUAUAGAAAUUCGUGCUCGCCGUCACCGAUCACUUCCUUCUGAUCUUCUCCGAUCAGUUUUUCGACCAAUUCAUAUCAAUUCCGAUUUCAUAUAUAGAAUUUGUAUAAGAAAAACGAAAGAAAGAAAAGAAAAUGUGGGUAUUUUAUCUGAUCUCGUUGCCUUUAACCCUAGGCAUGGUGAUUUGGACUCUAAAGUACUUUUCUGGUCCAGAAGUUCCUCGUUACGUGUUCUUCACAGUUGGUUAUACCUGGUUUUGCUCUAUCUCCAUUAUUAUCCUUGUGCCUGCCGAUAUUUGGACGACAAUAGUUGGGCAUGGUAAUGGAGGCAUAUCAUUCUUUUGGAGCUGGUCAUACUGGAGUACCUUCCUACUCACAUGGCUUGUGGUUCCCCUCAUUCAAGGUUUUGAAGAUGCUGGAGACUUUACGCUUCUAGAGCGAUUGAAGACUAGCAUACAUGCCAACUUGGUCUUCUAUGCCAUCUUGGGGGUUGUAGGUCUUCUUGGACUUAUUCUCCUCAUUACUAUGCGGAAAAGUUGGGAUGGUAAUGCACUGGGUUUUGCCAUGGCAUGCUCAAAUACUUUUGGACUUGUGACUGGUGCUUUUCUUCUAGGUUUUGGUAUGAGUGAAAUUCCAAAGAGCAUGUGGAAAAAUGCAGAUUGGACUACUCGUCAGAAGGUGCUUUCUCAUAAAAUUGCGAAAAUGGCUGUGAAGCUUGAUGAUGCCCAUCAAGAAUUAUCAAAUGCUAUUGUGGUUGCUCAGGCUACAUCGAAGCAGAUGUCCAAGCGUGAUCCUUUGAGGCGUUAUAUGGAUGUUAUUGAUAAUAUGUUAGUUCAAAUGUUCAGGGAGGAUCCAUCUUUCAAACCGCAAGGGGGUCAAUUGGGAGAAGAUGACAUGGAUUAUGAUACAGAUGAUAAAUCAAUGGCAAAGCUUAGGCGUAAUCUUCGUAUAGCUCGAGAGGAGUACUAUAGAUACAAAAGUGAGUAUUUGACAUGUGUAACAGAGGCUCUUGAACUGGAAGAUACUAUAAAGAAUUAUGAGCAGCGCAAUGCAACUGGUUGGAAAUUUGUUUCAACCUUGAGAUCUGAAAGGGCUGGAACGUUGGGUUCCUUCUUUGAUACAACAGAAUUAAUCUGGCGAUGUGUCCUGCGGAAGCAAUUGGAGAAGGCCUCAGCUGUAAUUCUUGGUUGUAUGUCUGCUGCUAUUCUAUUAGCAGAAGCAACUCUAUUGCCAAGGGGAGUUGAUUUGUCUCUAUUUUCCAUUCUUAUAAAGUCUGUUGGAGAUCAAGAGGUUCUUGUUCAGGUGUUUGCUUUUCUGCCACUUAUGUAUAUGUGUGUCUGCACUUACUAUUCGCUGUUCAAAGCUGGAAUGUAUAUGUUUUACUCAUUGACACCGAGACAAACAAGUUCCGUGAGUUUGUUGAUGAUCUGCUCGAUGAUUGCUCGUUAUGCACCUCCAAUUUCGUAUAAUUUCCUUAACCUUAUCAGUCUAGGCCAAAACAAGAAAACCAUUUUUGAGAAGCGAAUGGGAACUGUUGACAAGGCUGUUCCUUUUUUUGGUCAAGGAUUCAACAAAAUUUAUCCACUUAUUAUGGUUGUAUAUACGUUGCUAGUUGCAAGCAGUUUCUUUGAUCGGAUAAUCAGAUUUUUUGGGAACUGGAAGGUAUUUAGAUUCCAGUCAGAGAUAGAUGAUAUGGAUGGUUUUGAUCCAUCAGGGUUACUGAUCUUGCAGAAAGAACGAAGCUGGCUUGAACAAGGACGCAAACUUGGUGAACAUGUUUUGCCAUUGGCAAGGAAUUUCAACAAUAUGACAGUGGAUCUGGAGUCUGAUGGCAAUACCAUACAUACAAGUGGUUUUGAAUCAAAGGCAUUCAUGGAAUCAAGCAAGGACCGAGGGAGUUCUUCAAAACCUUUGAAAGAUGAGGCCCGUAGGUAUUCAGGGAGCAAGGAAGCCAUUAGCAGCAAAUAUGCCUUGAGGGAACAGGGCAAGCUACCGUCUCAUGUGAAGCCAAUGGACGAGGAUAUAGGCUCUACUAAGGUCUCUUUACUUGAUUCUGCCAGCUCUCAAUCUGGCGGCACAGUAGCAGCUCCAUCAGGUUUGGCUGGAAGAUGGGCAUCAAUGAAAGCAGGUUUCCAGAAUUUCAAAACAAACAUUGAAGCAAAAAGGUUAAUUCCACUACGCCAAGUUGGUGAAUUUAUUCCUUUACGUCAAACUCAGGAUACAAACGUUUCUUGUGCCUCCUCAUCCGAAUCUCUAGAUGAGAUAUUCCAGAAAUUAAAACGGCCUGCUUUGGAGAGUGAAAAUUACGGUGAUGAUGAAGAUGAUGAGAGAAGGCCCAGGAGGUGAUACUGUAAAUUGCUUUCUAUUAGAUGGAGUAUACUUGUCGAUAACUGUAGAAAUCAGGAAGAAAAGAGCCAAGAAGGUGUACAGGUCUCCAAAAAACUAUCAGCUGCUUACUCAUUCUUUACAGCUGACCUUCGAUUGUAGUUGAAGGGCUGUGUAUGAAAAGAUAAGAGCCAAGCAACUGGUCAGGAAUUGAUUCCAAGAUCUUCCAGCGGCUAAUGGCAGAAGUGUAGGUCGUAGGAAAGCUUGAAAUACAAAUUCAAUCCACAUUGAUGAAAAGAAAUCCUGUAGGUCAGUGAAUUCAGUUUGUAUAAUUUGAUUCUUGUAUAAUUCAUGUACUGCUAAAUUUUGAGGGUUUGUGUCUUUAGAGGGGGGGGGGGGGGGUCGAUUACAUAAUCCAUCAGAAUGAUUAUAUAAAAUUUUGGUAUGUCACAUUGAUUAUUGACAGAAAAGGUAAGAUAUAAAAAUCCAUGGAUACUUGCUUAA